AUGGUCGAGAGUGGUGUCCCCCAGAGUUCAGUGCUGGGACCCAUUUUGUUCCUUAUCUACGUGGACGAUGCCGCAAGAGAUUUAGACUGUGAAGUAACAAUGUUUGCGGAUGACAUGAAGAUAUGGAGUGUAAUUCGGGGUCCUGCCGAUGAAGACGGACUGCAGAUGAACCUGAAUCGGUUGGAGGAGUGGUCAAACCGUUGGCUCCUGCGGUUCAACGUUGCCAAAUGUAGCAUACUUCACCUAGGCAACACAGCCAGAUCCGCCAGCACAAGAGGCUACUUUCUGGGCAGUGCAGCCCUACAAGAGGUCGAAGCUCAAAGGGACCUCGGCGUGCUGACGACCAGUUCCCUAAGGCCAUCCGCCCACUGUUCGAGAGUGGCAAAAACCACAAUGUCCGUACUGUACGCCAUCAAGCGUGCGUUUAUGGACUUUGACGAAGACGCUUUCUCUAAGACAUUCGGAACAUUCGUCCGGCCGCAUUUAGAGUACGGCAUACAAGACUGGAGGCCGUGGGCUGUUGUGGAUCAAAACUGCCUCGAAAGAGUCCAGAGGAGAGCCACGAAGAUGGUCAGGGGUCAAAGCUCCUUUCCUUAUGCGACCCGCCUAGUAAAUCUGAACCUCUUUCCUUUGAGUUACAGGCAACUUCGCGGAGAUCUCUUGCAAGCCUUCCGCAUUGUAAAGGGGUUGGAUUGCAUUCUGGCCUUCGAGGACUUUUUUGAAUUUGCUACCACGACCAAACUCCGAGGUCACCCGUUAAAACUGCGCACUCAGCAGGCACGGCUGGAUGUGCGGAAGUUCUCCUUCUCGGUUCGGGUGGUCAAACCAUGGAAUGAGCUUCCCGCAGAUGUUGUGAUGUCACCAUCUAUACAAAGUUUUAAGAAGAAUCUGGACAUAUUGAUGUUCCGAAACGACCAAGAGCGAUGAGAAGUCGAGCUCACCCCCUGUAACUCCUUCUCAUUUUGUCCCAUCAUUAUGGGCGUGUUCGAACUAUUUCAGCCCAGAACAUCAAUCUGUACACCACACAUUUUUUACGUUGCAAAUAGGGUACUGAAAGGCUUACGCCUAUUUCCCUCAAUAAACUGAACUGAACUGAAAAAAAACCACAGGAUUGUCAGAGGCCGUGAGUGUGCCCUAGACUUUCAUGAAUUCUUCGAAUUGGCCGGGACUGACCGUCUGCGUGGUCAUCCCCUCAAACUGCAGAGGAAGCUGGCUCAUUCGGACGUCCGACGGAACGCCUUCUCUCACAGGGUCAUAGGGGCAUGGAACGGACUCCCUGAUGCAGUGGUUCUUUCCGAAAGUGUCCAAUCCUUUAAGUGUAGACUAGAUACUUAUUUGCUGAGAAUCUAUUGUACAUAUAAUCAGGAUUGUUUUAGCGGCGACAGUUUGCGCCUGGCUCACACUUGCCGCUAACUUUUUAACUUUUCGAUUUGCUGAUGUAAUUGAUGACUUCAUUUCUGUUUAUCGAUAUGAAUAGGGAGCUCAAGUGCGAAAGCCUCAUUCCCUUAAUAAAUUGACUAAAACUGACUUAAAUAUGUAGUUCGCCUUCAUGGAACAUUAAAAGGCUCCCGAACUAAAAAACAGUGAGUCUUUCAACUCCCUGUAAAAAAAGAUGACUUGUGAUAAAUCCUACGUAACUUUGAUAACUCGAAGUAAUUAACAGUGCUAAUGACAAUGAAAAUGGCUUUCUCAUGUGUCAUACCAGAAGACAGGGGCGUUAAUCGGGAGGUCGGAGGUUUAAUGGAGGUCGGACGUUUCGGGUAGUGGGUUUGUUUAUUCAUCCCUAGACAUAAGAAAGUCAUGCACACAAAUCAUUUACAUAGCUCUCAGUGACCGAUUGUGAGAAUGUAUCGGACCGUCAGUGCACAGUCUCUGUCAGUCAGUGUAUCUGAGGGGAGUUUGGUUACGCCUUUGAACUCGGUCGUUGUCGCAUGAAAAUCGGAGUGAUUAGCGGUAAUAAAAAGAAAUCCCAGCAUCAAGUGAAUGUAGACAUCGAUUCACAUAGGUUGCUGGUAGUUAUGGUUGCACAGUCACAUAGUUCGCUUGUUGCUGCAGCCUAUGUCUGUCAAGUCGAUGAUUAAGUGUUUCCACGAAUUAAGAAAUUACAAUCGUCUCGGGCAGAUCAUUUCACGGUUUCAUGGCACGGCUGGAGAAAAAAUAAUUUUUCACAUAUAUUCUUUCUUAGGGCAUACGUAGUUUGAAGGGAUGUCUCUGGAGGUCAUUUGUAGUGGCGAUUUGAAAAUAGCUGUCACACCAAUGGGCGCAAUCCAAGCCACACACGAUACGCAAUGUUCGUAUUAAAUAUUCGCGCAUUUAUCUAUAAGUCCGAGGAUAGACAUUAAGGAUAUUCAGGCGGGUCUCAUGGGGCAGUGUACUCUGACCUUUUACUAGUUUUUUUGGUUCACCUAUACACCCUUUCAAGUAGAUUGCAAACCUGCUGGGCCCAGGGUCUCCAGGCCUGGAUUGCACAUUCCAGCUGCGGCCGUACAAACGUGCCAAAGACGUUGGACAAGCAUCCUUCAUCGAAAACUGUGAAUGUCCGUUUGAUGGCGUAUAGUAUUGAAGUUGCGGCCUUACCCGCCUUACAACCUUGCGUAGAAGGCUUUAGGCUGUCUGCAACCCAGACUCAGAGAUCUUUCUGAGUUUUGUUUCUCGGAGCGGUAUCGUUUCAGAUAGUAUUGCCGCGUAUUAGGGACGUGGUUCCCAUUUCCGAGUAGAUGGACAGAAGCCAUCCAUCUACUCGUCCAAUCGACGAAAAUAUUCUUGGACCUUAAACUUGCUUAUGUAUAUAACGGGAACACAGUUGCCAAUAUUCACAGAACAAUUGAAACUGACCUUUAGAAAGCUCAGCGAAUGGAGUGGUCAAUGGCAGAUGCCUUUUUCAACCGAAAAAUGUCAUCUCCUGAUCUUUGGCCCACAAAAACUUCCGCCCAUAAUUUUCGAGGAUAAUGAAAUAACGGAGGCCCCAUCGGUAAAAUAUUUAGGUCUCAGCUAUACAAAUACCCUUGAUUUAUCUCCCCACGUCCAACAAAUAUCACCGAAAGCCACUCGGCUAUGUGGAUUCAUAUGUAAAAAUUUCACCUUAACUGCAUUAAGAAUACAACUUUUCAAAAUGUAUGUUUUACCUCUCCUAGAUUAUUGCUCAGUUUUCUUCGGUAUAAUGCCCUCAGACGGCCGAAAGAAACUAGAAGGCAUUCAGAGGCGUUUUACUCGAUCUUUGUCCAGAAGUGAUAACACCCAGGGUUCGUACUUAGAAGUAUGGUCUUCGACCACUCUGAGUCAGAAGACUCCAAAAUGGUCUAAACUUCUUAUUCAAGUUCACUCAUGACCAAGAUAUUCUCAAAAUGAAUUUACUAACAAACCAAAACGCCCCCAGAAACACCAGAAAUAACGAAGAUAUUAUAAGGAUCCUCAAAUUCACAAAGUCCUGACGGUCGAAUUUCUACACAAUAAGAUAUGCCACUAUCGGGAAUGCUCUUCCAAGUUCUAUCCGGAAACGUUGAACCCUAAUCGAGUUUAAAAUAAAAACCAAGAAAAUCCUUUCAAAUAACAAUACACAUUUUCAAGUCAAUUCUUUGAUAAAGAAUUUGGUCCGCAAGGGCCCUGAUGAUACCAAUCGCUUGUAUAACACCGGAACAUUGCAUUAAAAACAAUCAAAUUUAUGAACGAUAGCAUCAUUGACAAACAUAGAACAAAUAGUGAUAUUCCUUCUUCCCUGCCUUUAUCAUUUCUAUCGGCUUUGUAACCUGACACUAAAUAUCCCUUAAGGCGCUAAUAACAACAUCCCUUUCGAUAAAACCCUACAUAUGAAAUGUACGUAAGUCUAUAUUAAAGUCAUAUUAAGCAUAUACACAACUAUAUUAGACCAUAGUGAACGGUCGACCACUACUCCUAUAAUGUCACAUUCACAAGAAUCAAUAUGAUACAUAAUUCAAUAUUAUUUUGACAGCUUUGAUUGUGACUUACCAUUGAAUAUGUCAGAAUAGGUCAGUAGGUCAGUAUAUAUGUAUCUUACUCCUGAUCUAUAUUCAUCUUUUCCAGCUCUUAGUCCAGAGGAUUAUGGCAAGCCUCCUGAAAAACACGAAGAAAAUGUGCGACCGCCCCUUUACAGCUUGUAGCGGCCGAGGACGUCAAGGGUAGCACACACCACAUAACGGAAUACCGAGGAAGAGAUCCUGGCUUGUGUUGAUCUGAAUAGGAUUGUUGGCAGUUCACGAUACUCAUUCAUACAUAAAGGAUGGAGAAACGAUCAGUGGACGAGAGGAUAUAAUGAACAGAAAAGGGAAUUGAAUAGGUGCAUAAUGACAGUUAAAAGUACAAACGGGAUGAGUUACAACAGUCGAGUGACCUGUCUGGGUGGAGGGGCGAGAGCAACAUGCCAGCUGGAAAACCGGUGGGGAACGCAGCGCUGUGGGCAACUGCAGGGAGGGACCGAGGGGGUUGCCGAUGUAGCGAGGGGAGCGGUACGAGGGUUACAUCACGGUACGGAGCGGGGGAAGGGAUCGGCGGAAGAGAGAGGAAGGGACACCGGCCGUCUUCACCAACACGCGGCUACGCCAUCUCCAUCCUAGGUCCGCGCGCCAAAACUGUCACGGCAAUCAAACAACCCUCCUCAGAUCAGGGGACGUUACACCUUUACAGCUGGCCAGAUGGAUUGACAACCACCAACUAGAACACACCAAAACUUACCCAUCUGGGAAAUACUUUCAAGGUCAGGUCGAUAUUAAAGUGCUUCGAUUUCCAUGAAGGACGUAUUAUUCAUGCCCACCCAGAAACUACCAAACUGCACACUUUAAUUUUUAUGUUGUACAUGUCGUUCAUUCUUAAAACUUUUGUAAUAAUUUUUCCUUGGAACUCAGGUUUUUUUAACUUAAAACAAACUCUCAAUUCGCUCUCUACUGGUUAAAGAGACACCCAAGACAAAUGCAGUCAAAUUUCAGUCGAAAUGGAUGAGUUUGUUUAAGUUUUUUUUCUUGUGUUCAAAGAAGACUGACAGUGCCCAAGGGGCGCUUUAAUAAACUUAUUCUAUUCUAUGAUGGUCUCGUCGGUAGCAUUGUGGAUGACGUUCCGGAUUUUACUAGCAUGUGCAAACAUGGCACGAUCACAGUCCAACUCUUCAACACAAUCAUUAGAAAACAAGAGAUAGAGGGUCGGUCCGAGCAUGGAGUCUUCUGAGAGUCCAUUUUUUAUGACUUCGCGUCUUCGUUGCUGUUGUACCAUGCGGGCAAUUUGAGAACGGCCGACGAGGAAAUUAUCGAUCCAUUUAGGAAGCUUGCCUCCGAUGCCCAUGACGCUGGACUUCUAAGGGAGGCGCUGGUGCGGAAUAUUGUCGAACGCCUUCCGGAAAUCGAUGUAGGCCACAUGCAUAGCGUGUUUUAUAUCGUGUGCUCUUUCCCAACUGUGCAUUUUAUGUAAAAAUUUUGUUACACACGAUCUUCCUCCACGAAAGCCGUAUCGUGCAUUGGUCAAGAGGUUGUUGAUUUCCAAAUAAGUCAUCAAAUCCUUUUUGAUGAUUUUCUCCAUCACUUUACAUCAGAUUGAUGUCAGACUGAGGAGUCUGCAGUUUGUCGUAAGAGCUCGAUUACGGCUUUUGUGAAGCGGUGUAAUCUGGGCCGUUUCGCAGUCUGUGGGGUGGAUUCCAGCAUCAAACUAUUUCUGGCACUCAAGCGAUAGUGGUUUGGCCAGCUGUCGGCAAGCUCAAAGAGCAGUUUUGCCGGGAUCUUGUCCGGGCCGGGAGAUCUACAUCCGUCAAGCAUUUUAAUUCUUCAAAAUCGUUUCCUGUCGAAACACAAUAUUUUCAAUAAUUGAAUCUCCUAAACUUUCAACACUAGGCGGAUUCAAAACUGCUUCUCCUGUGAAGACAGAUUGGAAGAACUGAGAAAAAUGGUCAGCUUUGUUCGUGCUGUCCGAUAUCACCAAACCGGCAUCAUUCGUCACUACAGGAAUCGGAUUCCUCUUGCGGGGCAUUUUAUGCAAGUAACUGUAGGGCAAUUUUGGAUUCCUAACGGCUCGAUGGAGCAAAUUGCAAAUGAAUUGUCGUCUUUUCUUGAAAACCAAGCUCCUCACCUUAAAUGAAGUCAACGUUCGGUCUUUUAUGGUUUGCAGUAGAGGAUGAUCUGCGUUAAGAUCUGUCCGCUGAGGUCGGUUGAUAGUUACAGCUUCGAGGAAAUGCUACUCCCGUGCUUUUAUAGUCAACAAUCUUGUCCGUCCUCUCAAACAUUGUUAAGUUUUGUCUCGCAUUGUCGCCGCGCCCUCGUUGAGCGCGGUGAUGAUUAGCGGACCCAACUGCUUCACGCCUUCACUGUUUUAUGUCAGUUAUGUUCGGAAAGCCAACUAUACACAGGCAAACUAGUAAAGCGGUUGAUUGGGCCGUCGGUGGACAUUCAGGCCUCAUUGCAUCUGCCUUGACAUGUUAUCAUCGUGUGGCCUACAAUUUUAAGGCAGGUGUAUGAUGCUCUGAGUGUGAUAAGCCUCAGGUAUCUCGCAGACAUUAUUAGGGGGGAUAAAAAUUAGCCAUGUUUGUCUGUGGUUAUUUAUGUUCGCAGUUUCUCUAGGGCCCACCUGUACGAGCUGUAAGUCCAGUUCUGCCAUCUUCGACUUAGCUCCACUUGCGUAACAUAACUGCAUCGGCGCUAUGCGUCCCUACACUCGACUUACAUUUGCACUUGCAGGUACCCACAGGAAGAUAGAAAACUUUAAGCGGUGUGCGGAUUAAAAUUUGAGACUACAAAUAAAUCACGCAUCCCCAAUCUGAGACUGCAGCAGGACUUUAAAAAAUACCCCAGUGCGUAUGUCUGGAACACAGUUUUAUUCUUGGGUUUGUAACACAAAUACGGGAAUGUGGUAAAAAACUUCGUAUUUCUCGUAUGAAUGGAACAUGAUAUUUCGACCGUUGUACCUGACGAUGUCCACCGUGUGCCCCGCAGCAUGGUGAGGCAGGCAAGAUAACUUACGCGUUAUUUAGUUUAUAGUGAAUGUGGACUUGUACAACAUCUAUGACACUCUCUUUUCCUACUCCCCACCUGGACCCGGUGUCAGGUUGUUUAUAGAGAGAACAAUGCGCUGAGUCGUCGACGUCGCCUUGCCUUCCUUUUUUGGCACCAGCAAAGUCCGAGUUGGUCAGUUGAUAGAGAUAUAAUCGUCAGAGAUACAACCGUCCCCUCAACUUUCCACAAUAUUUAAUCGUACUACAAGUUUAGGCGGUUGUCUUGAAAAGGUACUUUUUAGUUCCCCCGAAAGUUUUGUUGGUUUUGUCAUCCUCGUCCGACAUUGUUAAUCAGUUGUGCAUUUGGUGACGUCCCUAACGGUGGCCAUCCAAAAUAUAUGGGUUCUUUAGAUUAGGGAAUUGUGGUAAUUCUAAAAGCAAUCGUUUGUGAUAUAUAUAUAGCGAGCCAGCCACACGUCACUGCUAUCGGAGCAGCCUCCAUUUGCACUUAUCCCGCUCGGGUUCAUCCUCAGUCCAGAACUUACCGCAUGUGCUUAAUUUUCUGAGGCUUUCUGGCCGAGGCUUAGCCAUUCUCUUUGCAUUCUGUUCACCGUCGGCCAGAUAGAUCCGGGCAGAAUAGACUAUUUAAUGUCUCGUUUAAUUCACUGUAAGUCGUAGUCAUCAACCCAUCCGAAAAAGUCUAAAUGGCCGUUUGCUGGCUCUCUUCAAGUCAUGCUUACCACUAUUGUUAUAUACAACUGUAGGCAGUGUCCUCUGUAGGCGUUUGUGCUGCUUUCUCGAGCUUCUCAGACCAUGUAAGCCCACCCAGUCUGGAUCUCCUCGUGAAUGAUCAUUUGCCGUAGACUUCCUUACGGCUGAAAUUUUCAACGUAAGUUAUAAACUAAUUAACUCGUAGAGGUAUUUCCCUUAGACGACAUUCGUCCUCUCAUCUGAUCGUCGACAACUGGCCAAGCAGUCUUAUUACUAUACUCUAACUAGGAAAGAAAUUAGCAAUUAACCGGACCUGCAUGUCCCAGCCUUCGCUUUUUAGGUACACGUCACUCGAGUUCUGUGUUGUCAUGGGCGUUUAUUGAGGGUUCACGUUGGGGUGCUUGAUUUUUUCAGCGUACAUGAAUCCAAACAAUUGUCGGGUAUUUUCAUUUGUGAUCUGUAUUUCCGACAGGCCUGAAGGACAUGCGUCGGCUUGGGUGGUUAUAAAGACGGGCUUAGAUACCUCGCGUAAGUGGUGGUAGUGUUAUACUAGUUCACCCUAGCCGCGCAAAAUUAGCGAAGAAACAGAUAAGAUUGGAAGUAAUAUUGUGGACUUAUUUCCCGUAACCAGCUUACCCCAAAUACUUUAAUUAAAAAUAGGAGUAUGCUUACGGACAACAUCCGGAGCCAAAAUCGCUAUGAGACCAAAAUCCUCAGCAGAUUAAGGAAUUUUGACUUCUCUUGAGCGUACACGCUUACAAGCUGUCGCUUAGGUGCGCGAAGAACUUCCUGUUAUUCAUCCCUUCUUUAUAAGCACCUGGGAGGGAGCUUUCGCGUCGGGUAUACCAUUAUUUUCUCACGGGGACCAUUGAGCUCUAGAAAUACGACCGAAUUAGCCAGUUAAACUUGUGAUAGAGAGGCGCCUAUCGAUCGCCUUACGGGACACACUCGUUCCAUUGUGCCUUAAAGCUCCACUUUUUCCGAAACGGGUCCCUACCCAAACGCCCGACAUUCAAGUUAUCCUUCUUUUGUCAAAAGGGAUUGCAUCGGGAGCCAAUUUUGGUCUGCAGGAUAUUCAAGAAUAUGGAUAGGAUAGACCAUGAACACUUUUUCUCGUUUAAUCAAACGCGAAACUCUCAAGGAAACAGCCAUUUAACCUCCUAAGUCUCCGCGCAAGCACAUGGGACAGUCUAGUGACCUCACUAUAGCACGUUGUCGAUCGAUGGAGUGUAUUACGUGAUUAGGUACGGUUAAUCAUGUACGCUCACUAUUUCAGGAGCGCGCUUCUUCCGUUUUCUUCAUUAAAAUUUAGGCCCUGACACAUUCGUAACUUAUGCUUGCCGUCAGACAAUAACACACCAUCCCACCACUUUGCAUUUACGGGUGUCCCGUUGGUCAUUUAAAGCUACCCAAAGAGCGAAAAGUUUUUAUCUGCUGUUUCCAGUCCACUUUCUUGCUUUCUUCAAGGAUUUUUGAGGUACUUUUUGAACGUUUUAUUUGCUUCCAGCUGUUGGUCUUCUGUUCACACGUCUUCUGAAUUCUAGUUCUAUGCAUUUCCGAAGCUCUCCGCCUUUCUGCUAAGGUUGUGACCUACAUAUAUUCUCCGAGAGAUGCUAUAGGAUUGAUGAUACACAUGUAGUCCUACGCCUUAUUUUGAGCUUUUAACUCUUUAUGAUGCUUCGAAUUGACUAAAUCGCAUGAGAAUGCUUGCUCUGUGAAUUGUCUUGUUCGUCUACCUUCUUAGUGUGAUGUUUACCUAACAUCUAUUCGAAUCGGAUGCACAGUUCCGGUUUGCUUCCUGGAAUCCAGCGUUAUUUAUGUUAUGGAAUUCGAAUAAGGCACGAUUUUCUCAUCACAGUUAACACCAGAAGUACCAUUUUUAUACGCAAAUCGUGUUAGAUCCAUACUACCAUGCGGGUUAAAAGUUCCAUAGGGUCUAACAAACGCAUCGGCAACCGCUCAUACGUUCUUAUUCUCACCCAACUUUUCCAACGGCUCGUCCAUGUAUCGUCUUACAUUCCGCUGACGCACAUCAUAAUCUGUACAACAUAGUUAUAAAAGGGCCUCGACAUCGAGCACUGUUUUGAAAGAUAGGCUGGAUCGUAUUGAAAACUAUGGUAUUUAAAACACAUUCGUACAAUAAUAUUACAGGGGCAUGCAUGGAUUCGUCAGAAUUAGUCUAAAAGGCAGGAGGUUACUGUUAAGACAUACUUGUGCGAACUUAAAAUAUUGGAUUGACCGCGUGGAUACAACGACCCUUAGCGUGGGGUUGGGGAAGGCUGAAGAGACACUCGCCUGAAUUACAAAGUACGCUUAUAUUUCUACGAUAUUCUCUCCACGUCAGUUGUCAACUCUUGAUUUGUUUUCAAGCAACUCUAGGCUGGCUUCUAGCCCAUUAUUUAUAUUUUGUUCUUUGCCUUUUUAUCUUUGGUUCAGUCGACGUGACAUCGUUUUUUUCUUUCCAUCACCAUACCUGCCAGUUACAUAGAAGCUUAUGCUUUCUGCAAGUCCGUUAGGUUUGUAUGUGUCAUCUAAACUUUGUCAAAACCGACUGGUAGGUGGUUAUUGGGAGUUCCAUUCCUAGGUACCCACGCGUUUGACCGCCUAGGCCGUCAUCACGGUCCGUUGAGCUUGCGGUCAUAUGUUAGUGGCUUAGCCUCCUGGUGUUCUUCCACUUUGGGAACAGUACCAUUAGUUGCUUCCAAUUAUUCACUGACUUAUUGGCAGUAUUUUUGGGUUAGGUUGUUUGCCCUCAUUCGUUUGCCCCCCAUCACCGAUUCUCCUUCUACUAGUGGCACACAUCCCAGACGUGCAGAUUCAUUCCACAUAGUGGUACUGCUCACAGAAUCUGUGCUACGUUUUCAUGUGUGGAAUGUGAAGUGGUACUGUAAAAUAAAGAGUACGAGGGAGAGUAAUCAUACAUUAGUUGUCUGCUAGGGCCAUCCAGUACCUAGGAUAUUUCUCUUACUUAUCACGAAAGCCACAUUGUCGUCCAAUUUAAACCAGUAAGUAGUCGAAAAAUGAGAGUGUAAUGAGGGCAGAUCAAAAAACUGGAGACUUGGUGACCGUCUAACAGAUAAAAUCAGUUGUAAAGGGACAGUGAGCGCAACGACUGGUCACUAUAAAAUUCGAAAUUUACUUAAAAAUCCGAAGGGAAUUCCGACUAAAGUCAAACUCCGUUCCUGUCGAAGUAGCACUGGGUAGCCAAACGUAGGUAGCUUAUCAUGUGAGACUAGCCGAAAUCUUGAAAUGUGAAGUUGACAAGAAGGGGUAACUUGGGUGACACUGUAAUACUGAAUAUCAUGCACUCCAGAGUACCGGGGACAUCCAGGGCGGCGGGGUGGAUAAAAUUCCGCGGUUGAGACCACCGUUUCUUUAAGGUGGCAUUAUCGUCUGGAGCCUGUAGGCCUUCCAGUCUCCGGAUCAACUGAUUGCUGAAUUCGAAGCGUUGAGCAGGCAAAUUAAACAGAGCAGUACUUAAUUGGCCUAGCGGUGGCCUACGUUGUAGUCCCCGGCGAGGUUGUAGUCGGGACCUCAUCUUGGAGUUGACAAGGCGGUGACGCUCCGAGCCGUCGUCAUCAGCACGUCCUGCCCUCGAAAGGGAACGUAAUCCAGCAGCUGUCACCUCCGUGAUCGUGAGUGUAUCCUGAUUGUCGCUCCCCGCAUCGGAGGGCAAGUGUCGGUGAGGAGGAUGUGGUAUUCCGCGCAAGUUCGAAGAAAGAGAAGGCCAUUUUCGCCGCAGCCGCCAAGUCCAUGGGGGCCCAGCAAUCCCUACCGGGCAUCCUGGUCUGUCCCGCUGCGGACAUUGAAUUCAUGACGGACAGUCAGAUUGUCAGCUAUCGGUACAGUCGCUAGGUGGGCGUGCAGGCCUUCAUAGAGCCCGUUCUUCACCUCUUCCGGCUUGGUAAUUGUAGGGGCGUAGGCGUUGACGACGGCGGCUGAUUUGACUGCCCGAAGAGGCGGGUGCAGAAUCAUGAGGCGAUCGUUGACACUCUGGGCAAACAGGGCAGUCGUCCCACGGUGUCGUCCUGAAUUGUGAAGGCAACAUCAGCGUCGCAUCGCUCUGCGUUCGGGUGGCCACCGCAGAAGAGGAUGUAGCUGACACCCACCCUCCAAUUGGCCCUGUUCUGUGAAGCGAGUCUCGCUGAUGGCAGCGACGUCCGCCCAUCUUAUCGCGCGCCGGGUCUCGAGCGACUAGCACCGUCCUUCUUUUCGGUCUAUUUCACCACAGGUGGUCUGAAAGAAGACGAACACUCCAGGUUUUCAGAGCGAGCAGAGUCCCUCGGGCAGCUUGUAGGAUGGGGCGGGGAGGAUGGGGACGGUGAUUGUUGUUUGUUUGAUUGUUUCGACUGUGAGUUGUAGUCCGCGAGCCACGGUUAACGUGCAGAUGAAGUGAUCCCCAGAAUUUGUUUAGGGUACCUUUUUAGCCUCUCGUCAUCCAGGGGUAAGCAGUGCUGUUCGCAGGUAGGAUUGCCUAGGCAUCUCGGACGGCUGCCGAACUCCACUAUGGAUCAUAACUUCGUGUAGAGGGAUGGAAAUUCGACACCUUCAAUUGGUUAAGCCCGCCGGGUUGGGGCGGUUACCGGGUUAUGACCACUAGACUGCCUGGCUUCGUUGAACCACAGCUGAGGGUUGUGUGCUAGUUAAGGAUCCGUAAGAGCUGUCAUUAUUUGCAUAAUUCGACCUACCACUCCUGCAUGGGGUGCCCCCUAACUGGGCACCCCAUACACUUCACAACUUCGCAUAAGUAUUUCUUUGGAAUCAAAAUCACAAUGAGAAUUCUAGUCAAUGUUUCAUUAGGCGCUGCAAAAACUGUACAUCUUGUAUCUUUAUUAUUUUCCAUUCCUGCCGAAGUUGUUUGGCUAUCUCAGCUUUAGAGGAAGCCACUCGUGGACAUAUAACCAGCUGUAGUACUUCAGUGCCCAGAAUCCUCUGUCACUACAGAGUCCCUGGUAGACCAUAAUCUGCGUUAAAUUUGAUUUUUCUAGCGUGAGAAUGGUGUCCUUGUUGGAUGAAUUAAGGCGUUAUUGAGUUUUAUGUGAACUCAUAGGAUAAGUCGAAGAGAAGUCACCGUGCACACGUACGAUAUGGACAACCAGCCAAGAUUGGGCAAUUUAGUGGAAUUUUCGUCUCCUUGCUUCGACAUUGUCUCCAGAAUGGCCUACUGCAGAAUUAUGACAUUAGUGUUCCACAAUUCUGUUUUUCUUGAUAUCAUAGUUUGCCUUCACCUUAAAGCGUAUUCUGUGAGUGGUGCAGCCGCAUUUUUUCACUCGUUCUUAACUGUUACUGCUGAAGUGGUUCAGAAUCUACUCAAACGCUUCAGAUGUUAGCAAACAUUUUUACCGUUCCAUUUAUGCCAUGCCGUUCCACUAUGACCUUUAGUUUUUGUCGGUGCAUGUCGUCCUUUUUCUCAAUGUCCACCAUUGUGCCAUAAGCCCUCCCACUCUGUAGAUUUGUUUACCGAUAUCCCGUUUUGGCUCCUGACUGCUAAGUGAACAAUCCUCUAAGCUGCUCUGGUACUGUCAGGAGUUUUCAUCUGACGAAACUUAUGCGGCGGACUGGCGCUCGACUAAAUCUCUCCCACUCUCUUUAACUCGAAUGCCUCCACUUUGCUGCAUUCCGUAGAAUGAAGUUAUUCGGAGAAAAGAAAGACCCGCGCGAGAAGGUACGAGAACUCCAAAGAAAGCUUCGUCGGGAAGAGAUGAAACUAGAUCGCGAAAUCAAUGCGAUUCAGCAAAAAUCCAAACAGUAUGAGGCGGAAGUGAAACGAUAUGCCAAAACCAAUAACAUGGAGGCAGCAAAAGUACUCGCGCGCCAGAUUGCCGCCUCUCGCAAAUCCGUCAAUAGACUGUAUUCUGCCAAAGCGGAGCUUAAAUCUGUCUGCAUGAGCUUGGAUCAUCAGGUGGCAGUGAUUCGAAUGUCUGGUGCUAUGAAGAGCAGCACAGAUGUGAUGAAGUCAAUGUCCAACCUCGUCCGCGUAAGUUUGUCGCUGCCAGCUUUACACCCUAUCGUUUCCACGCAUGCACACAUGCCUUUAUGUGGGGGCUAAAAGACAAACGACUUAUUUGUCCCUGUGAUGGUUAAACUUCAAGUUUUCACCGGAGGGUAUCUGAGCCUUGGGUCUUUCAAGUGACCACCCGGAUUCACUCCCGCAGUCUAGAAUUUCUGCUUUCUGUAAUGUAGCGGUUAUUUUUUCUCUAUCGUUUAGUCCGGUUUUGUUCGUUAACCGUACGGUUACUGUCGCGGGAUAAUUACACUAGCUCUGGUUCCCUUCCCCAUCAUGUGACACUCUUUGACUGUAUAAUAAGGGCGCGGGGAUAUUAGAUGUUGAUUCUCUGUGGCGCAAGGAUUAUUCGGAACACAUUUUAUGCCACCAUUUCUCUCAAGGCUUUCGUUUCUAGACAGCAUUUGUACUUCUAACCGGAGGUACCAAUACGUCCAUGUUUGCGCGACAUUUUUCUGCCUCCUACCGAUCCUGUAAGUCCCCCGAUUUUUGUGUAUCGAAUCCUGCCUGCCAGCGUGCGUUUUCUGAGCAGGCCGCGUUGACGGCUCCCUUAUUGUAGGCGCUGCUGGAGGUUCUCGUUAAUUUUGUGUUAUACUCUAUCCAAGGUUUUUUUUCAAGACUUUGUCAAGUUUUAAGUGUUAGAAUAGCUCUCAGCCAAAGAAACCACGCGCAUUCUCUAGCACUUCUUUUUGUCGUGUUGUCGGUUGGUCUGUUACCUUAUUGCUGGGUGUGUUGGCCUAGAGAGGGACGGAAGGCUCUGAUCCCCCCUCACCCCUUUCAAGUCCUACAGCGAUGUCGUAGACAGGCCCAGGCUAACUCGGGUCGUUCUUUCACCAAACAAAAGCUGUGGCCCAUAGUGGAGUUCGGCAGCCGUCUGAGACAACCAAGCAGCCGAAUUCAGGGAGAGCACCGCUCGCCCCCCUCGAGGGGGGAGGGGCUAGAAAAGGUGCCCUAAACAAAUGCUGGGGAACCACGCCGUCUGCAAGCUGAUCGUCGCCUAAGACGCAAAACUCACGGUCGAAACAAACGAACCAGAAACAAUGCUCCAUCUCUUCCCUCUCCUUCUCCCCACCGCCCCACUCGCCAGACUGGUAGGCUGAGCACUCACUCGGGCAGCCUGGAAUAUUCGUUCCCUUUUAGACAACCAGAGGAGCAACCGACCGGAAUGGAAAAUGGCGCUAGUGGCUUGGAAACUGGGGCACUACAAGGUGGACAUCGCUGCACUCAAUGAGACCCGGUUCUACGAAGAAGGGUAACUGGAGGUGGGUGCCGGCUUCACCUGAAGAGGUCGCCCCAAGGCAGAGCGACGGGACGUGGCCGUCGCCUUUGCCAUCCGGAAUGACAUCGUGCGACGACUGCGCUGUCUGCCGCAGGACGUCAACGACCGCCUGAUGAGCCUCCGCCUGUCUCUUCGGGAGACAAAUUUACAGUCAUCGUCAGCGCCUACGUCUCCCUCCCGUCCCUCCGAUGACCAGCUCGGACGAGGCAAAGAAUAAGUCCUACGAGGACCUGCACGCUCUCCUGUCGUCUGUACCGAAGGCGGACAGGUUGAUUGCCCUUGGUGACUUCAAAGUCCACGUCGACACAAUCCAUGCUGCCUGGAGAGGAGUGUUGGCUCCCUACGGUCAGGACGGCUUCGAUGACAAUGGCCUUUUCCUCCUAUGAGCCUGCGCAGAACACCACCUCAUUCUCACCAACACCUUCUCCCGCCUUCCGACGCGAGAGAAGGCCACGUGAAUGCAUCCUCGGUCGCGACACUGGUGCCUGCUGGACUUUGUCCUCGUCGGGAGGCGAGACCAGUAGGACGUGCUGGUGACAAAGGCGAUCUCGGGUGCUGACGGGUGGACCGGCAAUCGUCUCGUCAUCUCCAUGAUACGGAUUCGUCUACAGUCUCGCAGGAGACCUCAGGGUAAGCCGCCACCACCGUGAAGGGCCGACGGUGCUCACUCCGGGACACAGUCCGGUCGACACCCCUGACUCUUCGGCCACGCAUGACGCCAACAUUAAGACUGGUUCGAUGGCAACGACGCCGCCAUCAGCAACCUGCUCGCCGAGGAGAGCCGGCUGCGAAAAGUCUACGUCAGCCGACCGACCGCUGGUAACAAAGCAGCCCUCUGCCGUGGUCGCCGUCUUUUGCCCCAGCGGCUAUGGGAGAUGCUGAAUUCCUGGAUGGCUCGCAAGGCCGAGGAGAUCCAAGGUUACGCGGGCCACAACGAAUUGAAGAAGUUCUCCACAAUCAAGGCUGUCUACGGUCCGCCAACCAAAGGAACUGCUCUUUUUCUCAGCGCGGACGGCAGUACCCUACUCACUGAGAAGACACAAAUUCUAUAGCAAUGGGCCGAGCACUUCAGAAGCGUCCUCAACCUCCCCUCUACCAUCUCCGAAGCCGCCAUCGCCCGUCUGCCUCAAAUGGAGACGAGCGCCGACCUCGACUUCCUGCCCUCCCUUCACGAAACCAUUAAGGCCGUGCAGCAGCUCUCCAGCGGAAAGUGCCCGGAUCGGACGCAAUGUCUGCUGAGAUCUACAAGCACUGUGACCCGCAGCUCAUCGAUCAUCCGACGGUGCUCUUCCAGGGGAUGUGGCGUCCAGGGAAAGUCUCGCAGGAUUUCACGGACGCCACAAUUGUCCAUCUCUGCAAACGGAAUGAUAAUCACCGGUUCUGAAACAACCACCGAGGCACUUCCAUGACAAAGAUCGUUGGGAGGGUCUUUGCUCGCAUCCCUCUCAGUCGCCCGAACAACCAUCCGUAAUAGGGUUUCCUGACGGAAAUCCAAUGCCGUUUCCGCUGUUAUCGCGGAACCACCGACAUUGUCAGUCACCCAUGAACUGCAGGAGAAGUGUCAGGAGAUGCGGACCCACCUCAACUCUACCUUCUUGACUAUGUCUUGACACUGGGUCCAGAUAAGGGAGGAGAGAAAGUGGUAGAUGCCGCGAAAAUCUGUAUUCACUAUAAACUAAAUCACGUGCAAGCCAUCGUGCCUGCUUUACCUUGCUGUGGAGCACACACGGGACAUCGUCGGCAACGACGAUCGAACAGUCGUCGGGUGGCACAUCGAGGUACAGGCCCACGUUGCGUCAGUUAAGAUUCGAAUUUUCUUUUUGUGUAGAAUCUUGAUCAGUGUACGUUGUAGACCGGGAGGUGUAUGGUGGCACGCCUAGGUGCGGGUUUUCGCCGUAUCAGCCUCCCGAACCCUCUGCCGCCUCCGGUCUUCUUGACUGUGUUAUAACAUCGGGCCCAGGUGGGAAGGAGAGAAUGCGGUAGGUACUGCGCAAGCCUACUAUUACCAUAAACGAACCCAUUCACAAGUCACUGUCCCUGCUCUUACUCUGCCGUGGUGCACACGGUGAGCAUAGUUGGUAACGACGAUCGAAGUGUCGAGUUUUUUUACCCACCAAAAACAGAUCCCAAGAGAACUCGGCGUGAUGCACUCCUUAGUUCUUGGCUGUAUCUUUUGUUAGAUAAUCCGUCGGUGUACACUGUCGAAGUGCGUCAAAAACUCACACUUCCCUCCUACCCAGGCUGUUGCAAAUAUGCCCACAACACAUUUUAAUUGCCUCGAAUCUCCCACUGCUGUGGGCCAGAGAUGCCACCUGACAUCAAUUUAUGCCGCGAAACCGAAGUGUUCUAUGCAUAGAAACUUAUGAAGCAUUGAAAUUGUUAUAUGCUCUUUUAAACGGAAAGACUACCUAGGUGAGGUUGCAAAACUGAUUAGCAGAUAAGGUAAUCCAAAGCUGUAUUCCGCCCGACAGGAUUUUUGCUUUAGUUUGAACAUCCUCAGGCCACCUGCAUAAACCGGAGUCAGAAUAAUCACUCACUUCAUUGAUGCGCAAUUUUCCACCCACUUUUACGUCUGUAUAAAUUCAGUCCCAUCGUAUUAGAAUCGGGCACUAAGAAUUCUUCCCUUUGACUGAAUUAUAUGAAUUUGCGUUUUCAAAUUUGAUGAGUUCCCACACGUUCUUGCACUACCCAAACUACGUGACGCAUAUAUUCACCUAUUUAAAAUGACGUCAUCCUACAUGUCCCAUGGUCCCUGGGAUUUACUCAAUUGACUGGAGAGAUUUUCAAAUCAAAACAUGCAUCGUGCCAUGAAGAUGUGGCUUGGGAUUAUGCUCCUUACCACUUAUUUUCACAUCUUCGCUUAAGUAACCCUUUCCACUUGAACUUGUGUAAAACAAAAUUAAUCAAUUUUCCAUGGGUGCCGGCGCAUAGUGCACUUCAGUCUUGCCGCAGACUUCAGCCCGAACUUAUGUUCAAUAGGGUCUGCAGCCAACAGCAGUGAGGGGCUCUCGAUGGCCUCUGUUGGAAAAGCACGUUGACUCACACCCGCUGGGACUUGGAGUGAGACAGCCAAUUUCUCAACCGGCCUUCCGACCUUCUCUUCUUUCCAGACCGAUUUGAGCCUGUGGUGUUCGUCGCAGUAUGUUUCGAUGAGCCUGACCAGAAAUAAUUUCAGUGGAUUGUUUAAGUGUCAGCACAACCAGAGGUUCUCCUAUUUAUAUGUAGCAUACGGGUGGGUGAUUUUGAGCACCGGAUUUUAAUGCUUUGGGUCUGGGUUCAAAUCCCGAUCCAUCCCGGAAUAGAGCUAGAGUACGUCUAUCUGGCGUAAAUGUCACGUAGGAAUGGUGUCCACCGAUCUAUCCUGACUUGAGAGCGGAAAUUCCAUUUCCGUUUUGUCACAAAUGGCCAUUUCGUUUGCCUGUCGUAUUCAAUAGCCCUUUCAAAUACUAAAUGUAUUAAAGAUUCCUAAAUUCUGAGUUAUUAAAUCUCACUUACUUGCAUUAUACCAGGUGACCUAGAAGACCCUAGUUCAACAUGGGAGCUAAGCAUCGCACUCUGAUGCGCCUACUCCCCUUAAAGACCCUAGCUUGGCUCCCUCGGGUGCGUAGUUUUGGGCAGUGACAAGACCUUCGGGCUAUCUCCUGCAAGGGAUACCAUGGUAUGGUGAGUGGAGCCUUGUCUUGCUCAGCGGAGUACUCGAGUUCGAGCCUCCAACUCACUGAUCUUUCCUGGACGAUGCCUACCACUUGACGUCAGAAUAAAUAACUGUUAGUGUUAUCGAAAAACUUGGCACGUAAUUCCCUGGGGCCGACCCUAAGAUUCCAGUGAAAAACAGAACGCUCCUAUUCCAACUUGCAGUCAACCCCGAUCAACGAUCACAAUGCCUACGCCUAAGGAUGGUCUCGAACGUGCGGUCAAUAGAAAAUACUGACAGGAAUUGAUGUUAUUGAUUAUUAUCAUAUUUCCGUUUCCUUCCUGCCGUUUCCACCCAUUAUCGUAACAAAGAGGACUUCACAUGACCUCCUAGUCAUGUUUUAUCUAGAACUAGCUGGACCCGGCUACGCGUUGCUGUGCUUAUGUGUAAUAAAAUGGAGAAGAAGAAAAAGAAGGGGACGCGUUUCGAAUACGUUUACUUUCAUAAUGCUUGUGGGUAUAGAAUAUUUGUUGUCGUUAAUUGUCUUCACAGAUAUACAGCUUGGUAUGCCGACUGUGGAGCAUGCAACAUAUAGUUGGCCACAUAAGAAACAACCUGCAGAUCCAAACCGCGUAAUUCGAAAGAUUGGCCCUGAGCUUUGUUGAUGGUGACUGCAAACGCCAAUCAAAUCGGGAACUGCAGUCUCCUACGGCGGCAUCCCUGGCAGAUCAAAUGAAUUCAAGAAUUCUGUGGGAUAACUAACUGCCUCGUCUGCUUCCACUGCCGUGUUGACGGACGUGUAUGCGACAGUUUCGUUUCGACUUCUAGAAUGAAUAAUAUGGUUAAGAUGGUACACGUCCAUGUUCUUGGCCACAAGAAUAGCCGUUCGCUCAGCCAGUCGUGAUUGGUGUAAUUGGUCUGAAUAUUGGGAAGCACCUUUUCAACCAAUUCUUCUUCCGAAGACACUAAAUUGCCGAAGGAAAGAUGUAGUGAAAUACAUCCUGAAUUCGGAUUAACCGGAACCGUUCCGUUCCCAUUUGCCAGCAAUGGUGUGAGAAUAUCUCAGCUGAUCGGUCGUUUUGCAGCUGGACACGCAUAUUAGUAGUUAAUUUUACCGUCUUGACCUGGCGCCGCAACGCAGAGUAUUUCAGGCAGGCAUUCACUUCGUCCGCUGUUGUCGAUCGCGGAAUUACAGGCGAUGUUUGCCGGAAGUCCUGCAUGCAGUAGCAACGCAUCUCCGAAUGGCCUUGUGUUUUCGCGCAAAUCUUGCAGUGUUCGAUCAAGGGCCUCGAACGCUUUUUGUACGCCAUUGUACAUUCGUCCCAAACAAUUAGUUUACAUUCCUACAGUACUUUUUCCAUGCCGGAGGCCUUGGAAUUGUUGCACGUAGGAGUUCCCAUGAACUACACGUUCAACGGCAAUUUCAAAGCAGAAUGAGUAGCUCGUCCGCUGGGUAGCAGGGUUACAGCUAUUUCGGAGGACGCAAGAGCCAAGGCUAUCUCAUUUUUUGGUCGUACUACUGCCAGGAUCAGUCAUAGUAAGAACGUUUUGCCAGUCCCUCCUGGAGCAUCUAAGAAGAAGUUUCCUUAAACCCCGUUAUUGACAUUCCUCAUGAUCUGAUCGUAAAUGCCGUUGCCGUUGCCGUUGUUAACUUAGGAAUGCUUGAUUGCAGGUAUGACAGAAGUUCAACCGUGUUGUGGUUUUGCUCACGGCGCAAAUCCACAUCUGAGAAAACGGCAGAAGAUCGGUUUGGUGAUGGCAUGCCCAUUGAAUUGAGAACUUUGUCUGCGAUUUCUACGCACACACACUCAAUCAUUAUUAAUGCCUCUUUGUAGAUGUCUGCUGUGAAGUCCAAAUUUGAAUUUUCCUUGCGUAGUCGACAGAAGAUAUCUUCAGCCGUGCACGACUUAUAUUUCUUCCGUAAAUCUGUUGGAGAUGAAGGGGAGCAGGCGGCUAGUAUGAUUGCAGACAAUGUACGAAUUGGAUGUGGAUAAGAAGUGUUGCAGGCGUCAUUAAUACAUACGCCCGGUGUUGAUCGUUAUCCAAUAAAUUAAGAGCCUGACAUGCACUGCGGAAAGUGGCAUGCGUAACACAGUUGACAGAUUUCAAUUGCUGGAAAGACGUUGGACCGGGCACAUUCACCAAAGACGUAUGAAGGAAGCAUUCGUCCUUAUUGGGAUGCAAAGUACACAGUCUGCCUAUCGCAGUUCCCCUGAAUAUGUCAGGUUGUCUGUCGACUCGCUCUCCCCGUUUGCGUCGUACGAAAAGUCUUCUGCACGCAUUCCAUGUGUAAUACAUUGGCACUUCCGAAUAGAGCAGUGUUUUCGUAAACGCGUCUGUUUGGCAUAACGUGAGGAAAACAGUUAUUGUUGUCGGUGGGUCUAAGGCAACCUGUUGCACAUUUGCGACUGUAAAGUAAACGCGUUGCCCGUUCUCUAAGUGUACUGCCAAGUGAACAACAGCUGGACUUUGUUCGUUUAUGGGAAGUGAAGGAAUUCACCACACGGCUUCCUUGCCGCUGACCUAUCUUCCAGCCCGAUACUGCUCGUCUUCAUCGAGUUGUCUGUCCGCAUUCCUUCCUCUACUUUCGGGUUGCAGACCAAAAACGGCCAUGUCGCUGCCUUUAUUAACGUAAUUACAAAUGUUUUUAAUUGAUUUCACAGAAUUGCAGUAUUCCACGUUUAUGUGCGCCUCGUGUGCCUCCGCUGUCGCAAGUAUCCGUUGACGUAGAGACUUGGAGCGUCCUUCCGGCACUUUAUAGAUUACACGGAAUGCUUGUUUGACAUCUGCCCGGUGGCCGUUGUCAACCAAGUGAAGCACAAUGACGCUGGAUACGUUGAUGACGUUAUUGUAAUAGCUUAUGAUAAAGUUGAUUUGGGUGCCCUUCUGGUUAAAGUGGACCAGGCUCCGUUUUGGCUCACUUGGUUGAUACUGGCUACCGGGUAGAUGUCAACCAAGCAUUCCGUGUAAUCUAUAAAGUGCCGGCAAGACGCUCCAAGUCGCUACGUCAACGGAUACUUGCGACAGCGGAGGCAAAGGCCGUACGACUAACGAAUCCAGCUUUCUGCUUGCAGAAGGCCUUCAUUAGAGCCCUCCUAUUACCCUGGUCAAAGCAGAGUCAUGAAAGUUCGAACCCGCGUCAUGGUACGUUGUGCCACAGCGACGGAGCAUAAGCUCUGCUCUACCUAGACCUAUGUUAAUGUGCUAGCGUGAUGAAGAAUAAUCGAAAACGUACGUUCGCCGACUUGAAGUCCCAUUUAUACAUAUAUAGAUGACAAAGCAUUUAAAGACCGCACUAAGCGCUAUAUAAUGUAAUCAAGACUUUAUUAGUCAAGGGGUCGCCUCAUUAGUAGAGUGGCCACUCAGUGUUUGAUGGGACACUAACAUUUUGAUUGAAAAACAAAUUUACGGGGAAGUACACGAGGAAGGUGUCAUCAAGUUGGGGAACGAUACCGAGAUAACUCUGAAAACCACGACGUCGUUCUCAUCGUAAUUCUGGAGCGUCCUCUACAUAACCGUCUUGCUGGCGGCUUGAGUUAGCGGUUACCACCCCUCCCCAGCUUAUGUGAAUAUUAGCGCGCUACUAAAAACUUUGACGCGCAUGCGAUAGCAGAACUGAGUCGACUCAAGUUGUGUGGUGAGGUACCUAUCUCAUAUUUGGUCAUCAAGUUCGAAACUACAACUUGUGUGUGGUGGGUGCUAUGUUGUGGACUGUACGCCGUUAAGGCAAUAUUAUCCGACUGUGAAGUUAUUACAAAUCACUCAUCUUUAUGAACACUUAAUUUUGUCUUUUCGAUUUUCGUGCCCCAACAGCUGCCGGAGCUUAAUGCCACCAUGCGGGACCUCUCGAAGGAGAUGAUGAAAAUGGGGAUUAUGGAGGAGAUGAUUGAUGAAGGCAUGGACUCCGCACUGGGUCAUUCAGAAGACAUGGAUGAGGUAGCGCAAGAAGAGGUCGACAAGAUACUCUUUGAAGUCACUCAGGGAGCCAUGGGCAAGGCACCAGAAGCUGUUACUGACACACUGCCCGCCGGCUACGUCCCUAGUGCCGCGAAAGCCUCCACUCCGGCUGUCAUCGGCGACGAUGAUGGUGAUGAGGACCUGGACGCCAUGCGCGCUCGUCUUGAUGCACUACGGAGUUAG